AUGACGACGCAGCAGGAAAGAAGAAGACCUCCUAGACUCGAGAACGAAGUCGUUUUCGAGCAUUCUGACGGAGGAGACAUCGACGACAAUAAUAACGACAGAGCUGAGCCACAAGAAGAAGGAAGGCUCGAACUCGAGCAUUGGCUAAACGUCCUAAAGAAGCUGGUCGAGUCGAAGCGCAAAGUUCCCGAAAUUAAGAUCAACAUGCACGACCCCAUGCAAGACAAGGGCCAUUUUUUCGAUGUUCGUUCCGUUUCGCCAAAGGUUUGCACAAUAGAGACAGCUGCCCAGCUGUGCUGUCGACAGCUCCUUUUGAUAUCUCUACGUGCUCACUAA